GGUGUUGGAGGUGGUAGACAGGCCUGCACGGUGGUGGAGACACCACUGUGGUGUUGGAGGUGGUAGACAGGCCUGCACGGUGGUGGAGACACCACUGUGGGGUUGGAGGUGGUAAAUAGGCCUGCACGGUGGUGGAGACACCACUGUGGUGUUGGAGGUAGUGGAAGGGACAACACUGGUGGAGGCACCAAUGUGGUGUUGGAGGUGGUAGACAGGCCUGCACGGUGGUGGAGACACCACUGUGGUGUUGGAGGUGGUAGACAAGCCUGCACGGUGGUGGAGGUAGUGGAAGGGACAACACGGUGGUGGAGACACCACUGUGGUGUUGGAGGUAGUUGAAGGGACAACACGGUGGUGGAGACACCAGUGGUGUUGGAGGUAGUUGAAGGGACAACACGGUGGUGGAGACACCAGUGGUGUUGGAGGUAGUGGAAGGUACAACACGGUGGUGGAGACAUCACUGUGGUAUUGGAGGUAGUUGAAGGCACAACACGGUGGUGGAGACACCACUGUGGUGGUGGUGGAAGGGACUGGCUGUGUAAUGUUGGUGGUUGUGAAGUAGCAUGCCAGUGUAGUGUUGGUGAAAGAAAAUAGCUUUGUCACUGCAGGGGGAUGAUGAUAAGGCAAGUGAGUACCCAGGCAGCAGCAGCAGCCUCCCCGCCACACACUGCAGUGCUCACCUACUGACCUGUUCACCCCAACACUGUGCUGAUGGAGGGAGUACGCAAUAGGAAGAUGACCACACCGUAAAAAACAGAAACCAUAUAAUUAGAAGAUUUGUGCCUGUUGCAAAUACAACUGUGCCAACAACCACGGCAGUUGAAGAGCCUUAAACAGAAGAAAGAAAAGAAUGCUUGGUUCAGUGUUUGGAGGUACAGUUUCCAUACACUUGACAGGCAGUAGGUGAUAUGGGGGUGGCCACAAAGGGCACACAAUCAUCAGGCAAAAUGCACACCUCGUUUCGUUUGAUGAGACUUCUUUUUUAUGGAAUCGUUUUCAGCCUUACAUCUCUCAUAAUAUUAGUGACUUUAAAUAACACAUGGCCAUUGAAGAGUAUUGGCCAUAGCACCAACUCCCUGGACCAUGUGUCUGUGGCACUAGGUGUGCAGGAGCGAGUGCAUGCUGUCAUUAUUGAUGCUGGCUCAACUGGCUCACGUGUCUUAGCUUUCACUUUCUUCAAAAGCCUAACAGGUGGUGGAGUGUGUGAGGAGACAAAAAUGGCCAGAGGACCACUUAGCUUCAUCGAAAAUAACUCUUCCUGUGAUAAUUCAUUAAAGCUAGACGACGAGCUCUGGCAUGAAGUGAAGCCUGGCCUCUCAAGCUUUGCUGAUGAUCCUAUUGAGGGUGCUAAAUCAUUGGUGCCUCUCCUGGAGAUUGCCAAGAGCCGUAUUCCUCGCCAGAGUUGGGCUUCCACUCCCUUGGUCUUGAAAGCUACAGCAGGACUCAGACUCUUACCCGUUGAAAAGGCUGAUGCACUUUUAAUGGAGGUAAAGAAGUUGCUUGCCUCAUCUGGGUUUCACACAACAGAAAAUUCAGUAGGCAUCAUGGACGGGCGCGAUGAAGGAAUCUUCUCCUGGUUCACUGUUAAUUAUCUCAUGGAUCGUGUUAGUGGUGACCCUCGGGAGACUUUAGUGGCCCUUGACCUGGGAGGUGGAUCCACUCAAAUUACCUUUGUACCUGUAGAGGAUGAAACUGUGAAGAAAACCCCUGAAGAUUACCUCACAUCCAUCUCGCUCCUUCAUAAAAAUCUUAAUCUCUAUACACAUAGUUACUUGGGAUUAGGAUUAAUGGCUGCCCGCCAGGCUGUUCUCCUUCAGCACAAGGGAGAAGAUGGCAUCAUUCGCUCACCCUGCAUUAACCCUAUCAUUGACCACCAGUGGACUUAUGGAGGAGAAACUUAUACAGUAAGAGGCCCAGAAGAAGCCAAAUAUCAGGAAGUUCGUGGACAAGCAGGCCGUUUAAGUGAGAACCGUCCAAUUGCUGAUCAUGAGGCUUGUGUAAAAGCUUGUGCUCAAGUGAUAAGUAAUAAGGUACAUGCUCCACAUGAGUUAAAAACCAGAGAGGUGAUUGCUUUCAGUUACUUCUUUGAUCGUGCUACAGAGAGGGGUCUCAUAGAUCCAUUUAAAGGAGGAGAAUUAACCGUGCAGGAAUUCCUCAAUGCUGCUGUUCAAACUUGCAACAUUCCCAAUGUGGAGCAGCCACUAGCAUGCCUAGAUCUCACUUUUAUCAGUUCAUUCCUCACUUAUGGGUAUGGCCUCAAGGGAAGCAGCAUUAUAAAGCUUUACAAGAAGAUUGAUAAUUAUGAAGUCAGCUGGGGGCUUGGUUUAGCUUUCCAUGUGAUCAAUAAUGGAAUAUGAGAUCAAUGAAUUUUAGACCUUGUGUUAUUUCUACUAAACACUUAAUACAAUAAACUUAAACUCGAGUGCCUGAAGAAACUGUGCAAUCUGUGUUGGUCUCCUCUUAUCAGAAAGACAAUUUUCAUCUUGUGUAAGGUGAUUUCAACAGACUCAACAUUCAUGCUUACUGUGCUAAGUAAAGAACAAUUAUUCAGAACCUGCACAUUGAUAAAGUGCUCUAUAAAAGUAGUCAAUGAAAGACAUUGUUAUAUCAAAAGGAGAGUAUGUUCUUUCAACCACAUUAUGUAUAUUGUCUACUGGGUUUAAAGAAUCAUUGCAUAUGCAUAAUAAUCAAAGAAUGUUACAGAACAGUGUUUGUAAAUAUAUGUCUGAACAUAUAGUGCAAGCAUCUAUAUGAAGAGCAUAAUUACUAAUAGAUAAUUGUAAUGCAAUUUUCAUGAAAUAUUUAUAUUUAGAAUUUAUUUCUGUACUUAAUAUUAUGUGAAAAUAUUAAUGAUCAUAGCAUAUUUUAUUGCAGAUUAGCUUGCUUUGAAGCUUAAGAAUUUAUUUGCAGGUGAUGUAUCUGUACAGUAAUUAGGUAUCAUAUCUUAUGGAUAUAUUUAUUUUUAAAUUUCUACUUUUCUGAAAUAUAAGUUGAGAACGACUCUUCACAAAGACUCGAAGCAAUAACAAGUAUCAAGGUUGAAGUUGGACACAAAUUGUAGAACAAGUUUUAUCAGGACAACAAACUCUGUAUAGAGCUUUUAUCACAGUCUAAAGCACUGUAUAACCCUUAUGGUUUUAGUGCUUAAUUUGAUUAUAAUUAUGUAAAGUAAUUAAUCACAGUCCAAAAUGUUUCAAGAAAAGCUUGUUCAGCAACCUGUGUCUGUAUUCAUACUCGUUGGCCAUUUCCUCCCUGUAGCAACAUUUCUUGUUGAAAUUUGACUGUCGGCUCCCAGUGUAACUGUUUUGGGAACAAAUUUUUAUUUUAUUGGGGAGUGGGGAGGGCUUCUUUGUCCCUGCACACAAAAGCAACAAAUUAGUAUUACUUCACCAAACACUACAUACAUUCCUUAAUGCCAUGUAAUAUGCUAAAUUGUCUCAGUAAGAACUGCAGGCAUAGACUUUUUCUAAAGCUAUAAUUCUUAGAAUUUAAACCUUUUUUGGAUGAUCAUCUAAAAUGGUUUGAAAUAUUCAUAGCUCAUAUUUGGCAAGUGUAGAUCUUUAGUUAUGAUAUAUACCAUAUAUACAUUUUCAUUAACGACUCAAGAUUUCCACUGAUGGAGGUUACACAAAUAUUUAUACAAAUAUUUUGUAUUAUAAUUACAGAAUUAUUCCAAAGAUGGUAUUUAAAAAAAAAGUAAAUUAUUUACCAAGUAUUUCUAAUUGUUGGACCCUUUGAAGACAGCAUAUUUGUUAUUGCUGAGCUUCUUAUACACAAUGGUAGAGUGGAAGCGGACUCCACACCGGAUCAAAGCAGAUAUGCUUAACAAAACUAUUCUUAAUCACUUAGUUGAAAGUGAAGAGGUGGGACCAGGAGUUAGAGCUCGUCUUGCCCUCCCCACAAACCCAAGGUCAUUGUAUAGUUUUAUUUAGCCUCAUUUGUGCAUAGCAGUUGUUGGUUGUAUUGUACUCUUAGUAUUUGUUGGGUCCCCCUAUACACAUAGUAUAUAUUGGAUUCCUUGUAUGCAUAACAUUUGUUGGGCUCCUUGUAUGAAUGACAUUCAUCGAGCCGGUUUUACAGUUAAUGAAUAUAAUUACGGUACAGUCUUCUUUUGAAGAAGACUGUACAUUAGCAACAAAAGUAACGUACAGUACUGUUUUCACAUGAAUUUCGGUUAUAUUAUAAUCAUAACUAAGGGCUAAACCCACAAGGGUCAUACAGCAUUGAAUUUAAGUUACAUAGGAACUUAUGUUCAUGUUACUGAACUAUGUUACUGAACUCUCUCCAGGUAUGUAUCAAAAUACUGUAUGAACAUAAUGAUACAGUACUGUUUAUGUGGCUCUAAUUAAGUGUGAAGAUUCUCAGUAGUUUUGUGUAAUUUUGUAAAUGAUUCAGCUGUUUUGAGCAUUUAUAAAAGUAAUUUUUUAAGUGGAUUUAUUUAAUUAAGUUGUAAAGUACUUGACAGGUUUUUGUAAAUAACUUGGAACACAUAUUAGUCAGGUUUGGGGGAGGGAAAGAAGGAAGAGAAAGUAGUAUUCAUAAAAUUGUUUGCAUUGUAAGUUUAAUAGGACGUCAGUAUCUGCGGGGAUAUAUUCCAACGACCUACUGCGGAUACCAAAUCCGCCAUUAGUAACAAACCCUAUACGGUGGUACGUCGAGUUUCGAAAAGCUCCCAAUUCGAACAAUUAUGUACAGUAAGUGUAUUUUUGUAAAUGUAUAUUUGGGAGUCUGAAACUGACUAAUCUAAUUUACAUUAUUCCUUAUGGGAACAAAUUUGUUCGGUAACGGCACUCAAACAGCCUUCUGGAACAAAUUAUGGCCGAAACUCGAGGUACCACUGUAUAUAUGUCUUUUCGUUUACAUACUUACCUAUUAUAAAGCUUAAUUGAUAAAUUGUGCACAAUAAGGGGAGAAUUAUUACGUUUCCACUGAUGGGAAAUAUGGCUUCUCUUAUGCUUUGAAGAACUUCCACAGUCACUACUUUUGUACUCUGAGGCAAUUAGGCAAAAUUAAGGGUUAUUUUCGGGCCACAGUAAGCCACGGAUACGGGGGUCCUGCUGUAUACUGUACUGAGACAGGACAGCAUGGAAGCCUCAGUUACCCUGAUGUUAUUGGGCUAAGUUGUUGUAUACUACAUGGCUGUGUAAGAGAUUAAUUAUACAAUUAGUACUGAAACAUAAACAUUUAACUAGAACACAUAUAAUGUAGGGAAGGCUUUAGUUAUACAGUGGAACCUCGGCUUACGAAUUUAAUCCGUUCCGUGACCUUGUUCGUAUGCUGAGUCAAUUUUCCUCAUUUAAAUUAAUUGAAAUGCAAUUAAUCUGUUCCAAUCUCUCAGGAGGCAUGACAAAAUAAUGCUAAUAUCAACUCUAUGGCUUAGUUAUCUAUCACAAUUCAUCUAAUAUGACAUAAUAAACAAUAUCAGUAACAUAGAACCAUGAUAUAUACUCUAGAAUGAAUAAAAUAAGCCGUAAUAAGGCAGGUGAUGGCAAUGCAGGCAGCUGCAGAAAGCAUCCGCCAUUUACUCUCCCACUCUAGUAUCUUCCCAGUCCAUAACCCCUACACCUAGCUUGUGUUUAUCUAUGAUUAGUGGUGAGGUUGUCACAUAUGUAACCACAGGUGUGGUCAAGACAGAUGCAUAUAUAGGUGAAGAUAUGAUCACCGUGGCCACAGUGGUGGCGGCGGCGGCGGCGGCCACAGUGGUGGUGAUGACCAGCUGCCUCACUCUGUGCUGCUGCCUUCUUCGUUUCUCUAGCUUUUUUCAUAGUUUCUAAUCACUUCUUGCUGAAUGUACGCAAAUACUGUCUCUUUGGGCAAAGCAUUAAGAAAUUUGUACAAUAUAAGACAAAAUUACGCAUCCCAAGUGUCUGCUGCGGGCACUCAGAGCAGCACACCUCCAUUUCCUUUUGACUCUUGGUGGACACUGAGAGCCGUGGUCUCAUGGUCUAGCAGUACCUUCAGCCACCCGGAGGAUUACAAAUUUGUAUUUUGAAGCAUUAGGCACAAAAAUAUGAAAAAAAAAAUUAUGAAAAAUGUCUAAAAAUGACAACAUAUUUUUAUUAUUAUUAUUGUAUUAUUAUAAUUAUUACUGUUCUUAGUGUGUAUUAUAAUAAUUAUUAUUAAUUUAGGAAACUGGAGCACAGAUCCAGUUCCCUAGAUCAAGAGCCCACCACCACAUACAUACUUAUAAUAAUAAUUAUUAUAACAUAAUAAUAACAGUAAGGAGGAACUUCAAAAGGCUGCCAGUAGUUGGUGCCACCAUCAGCAAAGCAUUGGUAACCACUACUAGUACAGGAGGGCCCCGCUUUACGGCGUUCCGCUUUACGGCGUUCCGCUAAUACGGACAUUUCAAAUUAUGACCAAAACUCACUAUACGGCUCCCCCCACCUGACUUUCUAAUACGGUCACCGUGCCCCACCCUGUUUGUUUACAUUCUCCAUGAGCUCAGUAAGCACUAAGUCUCUCCAUUUUGUCUGGAAACUCCAAAAUUUCAAAUGUUUUUAAAAGUUAUUUCAUAUUUUAUAUAUACUCUGAUAAUUAUACUUAUGUAUACCUGUACCUAAAUAAACUUACAUACAUCGAGUCAUUUAAAUGUCGUAUAUUACGUUAAUAUACACAUUUUCAUUAAUCCAUCCAUGAUAUUUUUUUCAAAAUUAUAUAAUAAACACGAUGCAUAACAUAUAAAUAAGAUAAAUACACCCCACAGUAGAAUAAAUAAACAAAUGUGAGAUGUGAGCAGACGACUUGCACAAGUGGUGAUAAUAACAAUACUGAGUCUCAUUAAAUGUCGUAUAUUACGGUAAUAUACACAUUUUCAUUAAUCCAUCCAUGAUAUUUUUUUCAAAAUUAUAUAAUAAACACUAUACAUAACAUAUAAAUAAGAUAAAUACACCCCACAGUAGAAUAAAUAAACAUAAAUGUGAUCUCUGGUAGCAGACGACUUCCACAAGUGACGCCAUAAUAACAAUAGUCACGGAGUCUCAUUAAAUGUCGUAUAUUACGGUAAUAUACACAUUUUCAUUAAUCCAUCCA